GUACUGAGGUGGUGACUCAACACUUACACCAUGCGUGAAUACAAACUAGUGGUUCUUGGUUCAGGAGGUGUUGGAAAGUCUGCAUUGACUGUACAGUUUGUUCAAGGAAUAUUUGUUGAAAAAUAUGAUCCUACGAUAGAAGACUCAUACAGAAAGCAAGUUGAAGUAGAUGCACAACAAUGUAUGCUUGAAAUCUUAGACACGGCAGGAACGGAACAGUUUACAGCCAUGAGAGAUCUCUAUAUGAAAAACGGUCAAGGAUUUGCUUUAGUAUAUUCCAUCACAGCACAGUCCACAUUUAAUGACUUGCAGGAUUUAAGGGAACAAAUUCUUCGAGUCAAAGACACUGAUGAUGUACCAAUGAUUCUGGUUGGCAACAAGUGUGAUUUGGAAGAUGAAAGAGUUGUGGGGAAAGAGCAAGGACAGAAUUUAGCAAGGCAGUGGAAUAACUGUGCAUUCUUAGAGUCUUCUGCAAAAUCAAAGAUAAAUGUUAAUGAGAUCUUUUACGACCUUGUGCGGCAAAUUAACAGAAAAACUCCUGUGCCUGGAAAAGCACGCAAAAAGUCAUCAUGUCAGCUGCUUUAAUACAUGUGUGUACUGUAGCACUGAGCCAGGUCUGAAGAACUGUUGCUGAUUACAACAGUGCCAGCAUUCCAACUUUAUUCAACCUACCAACAUCUUAAAUGGACUUUCCUGUGGUGGUACCCUUAUGAAAUGGAUGACAACUACUACAUCAGUUUGCACAUUCUAAUCACUUUCCAGUGUCAUGAGAGAUUUUGACUUAUAAAUAAUCUAAGUGUAUGCAACUGGUAAAACCAGAGCCUACAUCCAGUAUUACUCAUAAGAGACAUUGUUCAUCCACAAAUGUUGUACAUGUAUGAAAACUGUACUGUAUACUGCAACAAACCCCAUACUUCCUAUUGGAGAGUACAAUAAUGUAAAUCCUAAAAGCACCACUAUUUUAGCGUAAUAAAAGAAAGUCCAAAGAGCUCCUAUAUAAACUACUCCAGAUAACUUUGCUUCAUCGGUAUUUGUAGCUUAUUGUAACUUUUUUAAGAGAAAUACAGGAUCAUCAUUGUAUUGUACAAAAGCGCUUUGAUUAACACAACAGCUAUCUAGUUUUUUAAUUUUAGGAUUUAAAAAACCUGUGGAGACAGUGAUCUAGUCUUUAAAAUGAGUCCUUUCAGUAUAAUGUCUGUCUAAAGACAUUGCCUUUAAUAUCUGUUGCGAAGGAAAUGUCCAGAUUUUUCAACCUUUUAUUGUAUGUUUCCUUUUCCUUGUUUACAUAGGGAACAAUGUUUAUAGUUGUGUGUACAGUGGGGGUCUACAACAAGAAGUGUAUAUUUUAAAACAAUUUUUUAAUGAUUUAACAAUUUUUUGUAAAUCAUUUUUGGGCUUCUGCAGCUGUAGAUUCUCACUGUGAAUUCCCUUGCUUGCUCAUGCAUAAGUGUAUUUGCAAUACCAAAUAUACAGGUUUAGUACUUUUGCCUGUUAGUGAUUGUUUUACAUGUGUAACGUUUUGGUUGAGAUGUUAAAUGGUGGACGAGUACUGUGGAUGUGAAUGUGGGAAGUAAUUUUAAUCAUGUGUAAUUGGUCCCAGGGCCUAAGUUGCAGUAAUUACCGAUUUUUGCUGAUUUAUUUAACAAUGCCUUGUUGCUUUGUAUGCAUUAACGUUUGGGUGUAAAGAUUGCGUGUAAAAUCCAACAGGGAGCCACAGUAUUUAAAUUGACCAACCUAAUGUUACAACUGCUUUGAGGUGGCCAAAUGUAAACGAAAAGCCUUAAUUAAAAGUGGUGCAAUUUUGUAUGACUUAGCAUCAGUAGUUCAAUAAAUUUGGAUUGCCAUGCAAGGGCUUGCAUUACAACUACCUGUAACUGAAUGUUUUGUGUAUGCUUCAAUAAUACCAGUAAUAAGGUGUUAACAUUUCUUGGACAAGCAGAAUUUAAGACCUCAAGAAAACAUUAUUCAUCCAGCAUGUAUUCAGUCCAGUUCUGCCAUCAUGACUGUGCUCUAAAUCAAUAAUUUCUUCAUUUCAGUAGAAAUUUUCUGGAGUUGGGGCAUCCUUCAUUAGUGAGCAUCUGUUCUAAAAAUGUGCAUUUUUCAAAUUCUGCCUUUUCAUUAGGAAACAUCAGAGAGGGGAAAACUAAAAUGGGUUGUAUCAAUUAUUCUAAGUACAAUUUCUCGUAGAAUGCUCCUGGAGUAUGCCAAACUUCUGUUGUUUACUGAAGAUCAAUCACAGGAAUCUGGAACUGCUAUUUGUAGGAUACUUCUGUUUCAGAAUACUGCCACAGUGUGCAGAUUUUUCUCCUAAUCUUGGCUCAAGAAGGCAAAUGAAUGUAUAUUACCUGAUAUAUUAUCCAGUUUUCAGCUCACCAUUUUAAGAUUAAACUGCGUGUUUCAUAGCAUAGCCAGCAAAUUAUACUAUCUUCUCUGGGCAAUGUUUCUUGACCUUGUCUUGCUUUGAAAACUGAUCUCAGGAUCCCAGAAAUGAAAAUAGAAUCAUUAAUUUAAGAAAAAGUUACAAGUUUCACUGGUGAUGUGUGGCACUCUUUUCUUGGACUAGUAUAAUGUAUGUUCCUGAACUUACCGGUAGCCUGGACAGACAAAUGGUGGCCCUCUAGUGAGAAAAAUAUUUUUGUCUAACAUAGACUUGGCAAUGUCAUUCACAUCUUCAUAGUAUCACGACUGGCUUAAUGCAAUGUAUUGUACAUAGGGCUGCCCUUGAAAUGUUCAAAGGCAUUCAACUAAAGCAUGAUGGGUUCACCAUCUAGCACUAUAUUUGUAUUCUGGAGAUCGCACUGAUUUUCUCUGGCCAUUUGGACAUCAGUAUCAUACCAGUAACCAGCUGUUGGGACUACUUUUCUUUUGGAGGAGGUUGUACUCAUUUUUUCUGCCUUUCACUCCACUAUGCAGGACUAUUCAGAACAUCUUAUGGUGAAUGAAAGCACCUUUCCUGGUUGUGGUCCUGCAUUAUUUAAGGAAACAGAACUCUUGCUAGAUUUUUUUUUUUAAUUCUGAAGCAUGUGGUUGCUCCCUGCAGUGUGUGGAUUAGAUAGGUAAGAGUGGAAGGGGGUCAGAGGAAAAGUGUAGUACAUUCAGAUAUCAAAGGCCCAUUACCAUCCAUUUGUCUUGGCCCAACGACUUCGCCCAUUCCCCUUUUCUUUGGAAAUAGCCCAAGUCUUAAGAAAAUGUUAAUUGUCUUUCUAUAUAAUACAAGUAUAAUGCCAGGUAGCAGUGUAAAUAUUGCACUUCUGAUCACACUUCCAUAUGCAUUACCUUCUGAUGGAAUUAUAUUAUUUGUGUCUUAUAUUUCUUUCUAAGCAAUGUAUUCAAUUUGCACAACAAUACAAAGUGAGAACAUAUAUGAAGUAUUUCUAAGAUAAGUGGACAUAAACACCUAUCUUAAGAUGUAUAAAACAGGAAUGCUUACCUUGUAUCUUAAUAGGAAAAAAAUCCUGAGGUUGUUAAAUGUGCAUAUUAAAUAGGAAAGUUAUGUAACACUUCUUCCAUUAAAAAUCUACCUGUA